GUGGGCCGCGAUGGGCCCCUGGGCUGCACUUUGGACACUCAAUCUUUAGUUGAUGGUAGGGAACAUUCAAACACACACACACCAACACACGCCAAGCAAAUGAUGCUAUUUGCAUUGUCAGUCAAUAAGAGUCGAGACAGCGUACAAGCCUUCAUCUGCUCGUGUUGAACUUGAACGUGCCCGAUGGCGACGAAUGAGGCUGCACGCUCCUGGACACUGAGUGUCACCAUCAUCAGGGCAGAAAACAUCUGCUCCACUGACUUUUGGUCAGAGGACGAUUGCUACGUCACACUGACUCUUCCACCUGCAACAGUUUUCAAGACAAAUACCGUGGACAACAGUGAAAACCCGGAGUGGAACCAAAGUUUUGAUUUCAAGCUCUACGGUAACCUGAAGAGUACUCUCCAGAUAAAGUUGUGUGAUGAGGACAUCAUCUGUGAUGACGUGAUCCAAACAAUCAUGUUUGAUAUCAGUACUCUGGCAGUGGGGAAGAAGGAACUCAAGGAAUUUCCCAUCCACCCUCAGGGUAAACUUUGGAUCGCCUUUGAGCUGCAGGAGGAGAGUAUUCAGGAAGCUGUGAGUCCCCUCAAAGCGGCCAGUGUCGGGAAGGAAGUGGUUUCUUACUGGAGGUUAAAUGUUACCACGGUAGCGGCCAAAAUACACACUUCCAAAGAUUACUUUUCAGAGUCAGACUGCUACGUAUCUCUUUCUCUGCCGACGGCCGCAGCGAGUGAAUACAACACGGCAACCGUACGCAAUAGUGACAACCCAGAGUGGAAUGAAACGUUCAGCUUCAGGGUCCCCUCCCAUCUGAAAAAUGUUUUGGAGAUCAAGCUACAUGACCAGGACCCCGUUUCAUCUGAUGACCUGAUUUCAACCGUCCUCUUUGACCUCAACAAUCUCCCAUUAGGGAAGAAGGAAGCGGUGACUUUCAUUUUAAAUCCUGAGACAACAGAUCACAUCAUAAUGGAGUUUGAGAUGUUCCACAGUGAGGAACCCCCUUCUGAAUAUGUCAGCAAUGGCAUCCUUCUGGCUGCCCCAUUCUCUGUUUUGGACGUCAGUGUUGACAAGCUACUAAACAAUUAUGAUUUUCUGGGCAAAGUGAUGACGCUAAAGGGUGCCUAUCCUGAAAAUCAACGCUUGUUGGCAAAGGAACUCACUAAGCUGCGUUUCUACAUCAACAGAGACCUGGCCACGGAACUUGGAGUGGCAGAUGAAAGUUCAACAAGGCUUCAGCCCCUACCGCCAGAACACACUAGCAACGUGUCCCUGGUCAUUGAUCAGGACAGAGUGGACUUAAAUGUUGAGACACAUGAAAGUGUCGACAACCAUCUCGCAGUGCGUCUGGAUUUUGACAUCCCACAGCAAGAGAAAGAGUAUCUGAAGAAGAGGAAGCUUUUUGUGGGGCAAAAUAUGCAAAAACUUUUUGGUCUGGACUCUCCGCCAUCACCAAACAAGGUGCCAACGAUAGCACUGGUGGGUUCGGGAGGAGGAACCAGAGCAAUGACAGGACUGCUUGGUAGUUUGAGGAGCCUGAAGGACUUAAACAUCCUGGACACUGUGUCUUAUAUCACUGGAGUAUCUGGAUCUACUUGGGCUAUGUCUGCAUUGUAUCAAGGAGAAAACUGGUCCCAAGGCAGCAUAGAUGGUACCAUCACUGAAAUCAAGAAAGAGAUAAGUAAGGAUUUCCUCAGUCUCUUCACUUCGGAGAAACUGCAAUACUACAGCAAAGAAAUCGAAGAAAAGAUCAAUAUAGGGUAUAUCCCAUCACAAACUGACAUGGCUGCCCUCAUAUAUGAAGAAGCUGUCUUUGGGAAGAAAAUGACCAGUACCCUCUCCGAGCAGCAGGGAGCAGUAAAUGAAGGCCAAAACCCCUUCCCCGUAUACACUGCUGUCAAUAUGAAGGACAAGGCAGGCUGUGAGUCUGAAGCUGAGUGGUGUGAGUUCACGCCAUACGAGGUUGGCUUUCAAAAGUACGGGGCGUAUGUGAAAGCUGAAGACUUUGGCAGUCAGUUCUUCCUUGGUCAUCUCAUCAAAAAACUCCCAGAAGUCCGUAUCCCUUAUCUGAUUGGCAUUUGGAGCAGCUUCUUUUCUGUCAACGUGGCUCAACUAUUAAUGCAAGACCCUCACCCGGAGCAAGACUGGGAGACCUGGUUUGGCCCAGAUAUCAGCGACUUAGAAGCUGAUAGUGAGCCAUCCACUCUUGAUACGCAGCUCGUAGAUCCAUCCACACACGUCUCCAAAAUCAUCAGUGAUUUCUUGAGGAACCGCCCAGUUGUCUCUACAGUUUACAAUUUCAUGCAUGGUCUCUUGCUGCACUCAAACUACAACAAACACGCCAAUUUUAAAGCCUGGAAAGAAACACACCCUGAUGCGUUUCCAAACAUCUUGACACCGCGUGACUCCGCUUUGCAUCUUGUUGAUUCUGCUCUUGCCAUCAAUAUUGGCUUGGCCCCCGUCCUACGUCCAGAGAGAGAGGUGGAUAUAAUCAUAUGCCUUGAUUAUUCAUGGAACCCAGACAACAUCCUCAUGGCCAUAAAGCAGACAGCCGCUUACUGUGAGGACCAUAAGCUUGCCUUCCCUCAUGUUGAUUUUGCCCGACUGGAAGCAGAACCUCAGAAGGAGGUCUACAUCUUUGAGGAUGAAGAGAAUCCCAAGGCACCAAUCGUGAUUCUCUUCCCGCUUGUCAAUAUUUCAUUCAAGCACUUCAAACAACCAGGUGUGAAGCGUGAAACAGAGGAAGAAAUGGAAGCUGGAGAGGUGGACGUGAGGACUACGACCUCGCCAUUCACCACCGACCAAAUGAUAUACUCAGGGGAGGAUUUUGAGGCGUUAAUGAGCCUGACAGCCUAUAAUAUUGCUAACAACAAGGGAAGCAUACUUGAAACACUGGACAAGGUCAUGAAGGCUAAGAUGGCAUCAGAGAUAGAGAAAUAAAUCCUGUAAGAAUGCUAAUGCUACCGCUUUAGAUACUCUGAUACACAGUACUGUGAAGUCUUAGUCCACCAUUAGCUUUUGUAGUUUGCUUUUACACGUUUACUCAGGUUUACGCCUUUCCUAAACACAUAUCCAAUACACUUUAUGUAAUCAUGAGUGUAAUCAUUAGGAACCGUUAUAAUAGCCAAUCAUUAAUACUGGAGGUUCCCUUGAGGGCUUAAGGGACACACUAAGCAUGAAUCAAGAAGAGCCAGCUGGAAAGGUCUUUCACUCGUAUAGCGCUUUUCCACCUCCAAGGCACUCAAAGCGCUUUGACACUGCUAGCACAUUUCCCUAAUGAUGACGCAGCAUCAGGAGCAACUGGGGUUUCAGUAUCUUGCCCAAGGACACUUCGACACGAUCACGGGAGCCUGCAACCUUCAGGUUGGGAGACGACCACUCGACCACCUGAGCCACGCUGAAAUGAAAAGGGUUCAAAAUUCACGGCACAUUCGGGAGAGGCUUUGAAUGGCGCUUGAAUACUCAUCAGGAGUAGUAGCUUCAGGGGCUUCCUGGAUUUCUUGCGAUGUAAAUGACGUGAAGUAAAUUGGCAACACGGAAGUGGUGAGUGACGCUUUGAGCACCUCUGACUGCCCACACCAACGACCACUUUUUUCCUUGACAAUGACGUGAAUGUGAUGUGAUUAAGGCGAUGCAAUGAUGUUUCAGCUGCGUUUUUGUUUUUUUCACGAAUGCGGUCAGGAUAUUCAGAAUGCUGUUGGGAAUACUGUAAGAGAAUUUAGAACUCCAUCCAUCUACCCAUCCAUCACCAUGCCACUUAUCCUCACUAGGAGCCUAUCCCAGCAUACAGUAUAGACAAACAAACAUUUACACUCACACAUUCACACAAUUUAGAGUCCGGAGUACCCAGAGAAAACCCACCCAUGCACGGGGAGAACAUGCAAACUCCACACAGAGAUGCCCAAAGGAGAUUCGAACCCAGAUCUUCCCGAUCUCCUGACUGUGUGGCCAACAUGCUAACCACUAAUAUUAGUUAGUUAUCGGUAUCGGUUGGUUUGCAAAAGAAGAUACCGUACAUCUCUACUAAAAGCAUUCGGGCUGACCACAAGAAUGGGCCCUGAUAUUGGGAAUGCCCUCAGAAUGCAGUCAGAAUUUUUAGAAUACACUUCAAUAUGCAGGAAUAAACCAAGAAUGUUCAUUCCGACGGCAUUCUGGCUCAUUCUGCCUGGAGGUGACUCGGGUAUAAGAAAACAACUCCUUACUUUUAUCCCUUUGGGUGUCUUGCACAAUGAAAUGGGGUGUUGCAAAGGAGGGAGAGACAGGCUUAUUGGUAGGAGAAAGUCUCAAUAAUGACACCACUACGCUUCUUAGUUAUCACUGUCCAUUUCAUAGGAGCAGAUCAGCCUUCACACUGGUCCAAAAUCAGCAAAUCUUUAAGAAAUGGUUGCAAAUGUAGUUUUUGCAGUGUAGAUACAGUUUCUGUGUGUGAGUCCGUUCUUAAAUUUAGAAAGUUUAGAAACCAGACAAAUAUAUAUAAAUAUGUUGUUGAAGAAGAAUCCAAAUGGGGUUUUUAGCUUAUGAGAAAAAAGAACUAAUGUCUGGCAAAAUAUUUUCAUUAGAAUUGGCUAGCUAUACUUUCUUAAUGUACUCUUUUUAUCAAGUGAAAAUUGCUAGACAAGAUGUUUUUCCUUUUUAGGAAAAAAAAGAAUUGUAUGCUUUAAAUGUGACUUUUUACUCGAGAAGAUGCUGCAUUUUUUGCAACUAGUUGCCUUUUCCUUUUUGUGCGUAUGUAACCAUGAAACGUCACAACACGAGGACCGCAUGUACGCAACACGUACAUUCUUGAUCAUCAACAGAUGCUUGAACUACUGCACCAUCCAAUAGCACAUACUGGUGGAUUAUACAUGGUGGAUUAUACUGGUGGAUUAUACAUGGAAACGGGCUGUGGAGAAAAGCGUGGUUUGAACAGUUGAUGUGUCCUGUCUGUUGGGCAGAUGUUGACACUUAGCGGAUGGAACAUGGGGGGGUAGCUCGCACUCGAAACCGAGAGGCGCCGAACGUCAAUGGAACCUCUGUCGAGGCUUGAAAGGGUAAGACCUACUAACAGUAAUAAUACUCAUGGUAACAUUUACAUUUUGGUCAGAAUUAGGAAUUCAUUUUUACUCUUUGAGUCAAUCCAGCAUCGAGAGAACUGUCCACUGCCCAGAAUAAUAGUGGGACUUUUUUUAAAGUUUGAAAUUCAUUUCCAAUUCCACCUAUGUCGUCAUUAGGGUGUUAAAACAACACAUCUAAUGCUGGCCUCAGACUUUUGCACAGUACUGGAGUGAAAUAAGACUGCUUUGCUGCUUGGAUGAAAGCCCAAUUGAGCAUGUAUUCAACCCUGAAAUGACAGCUAAAAGAAAUAAAGUCUU